GGGACAAGGCGGACUGCAGCCCCGCGGGCCCCGCGCAGCAUGGGGAGGCGCUGCUGGCGGCGGCGCGCGCUGGCCGCCGCGUGUCUGGGGGCUGCGCUCCUACUCCUGGGCGCCGCGCCCCGCGCCCUGCGCCCGGCAUUUGAAAACAGCCUGGGCUCUGGCUGGCUCAGUGGGAAGAGGAGGAGUCCCCUGCAGAUGCUUUAUGACUUGGACCAGGGCCCGCGCUCAGCCCUGGCCGAGGUGCACCGGCAGCGGCGCGACCUGCUGCGCCGAGCCUGCAGCCGCCACACACGCCGGCAGCGCCUGCUGGGGCCCGAGGACCUGCGGCACGUGCUGGUGGACGACGCGCACGGCCUGCUCUACUGCUACGUGCCCAAGGUGGCCUGCACCAACUGGAAGCGCGUGCUGCUGGCGCUGAGCGGCCGCGCCCGCGGCGACCCGCGCGCCAUCCCUGCGCACGAGGCGCACGCGCCGGGCCGCCUGCCCUCGCUGGCCGACUUCAGCCCGGCCGAGAUCAACCGCCGGCUGCGCGCCUACCUGGCCUUCCUCUUCGUGCGCGAGCCCUUCGAGCGCCUGGCGUCGGCCUACCGCAACAAGUUCGCGCGGCCCUACAGCGCGGCCUUCCAGCGGCGCUACGGCACGCGCAUCGUGCGGCGCCUGCGGCCGCGCCCACACCCCGACGCGCUGGCCCGCGGCCACGACGUGCGCUUCGCCGAGUUCCUGGCCUACCUGCUGGACCCGCGCACGCGCCGCGAGGAGCCCUUCAACGAGCACUGGGAGCGCGCGCACGCCCUCUGCCACCCGUGCCGCCUGCGCUACGACGUGGUGGGCAAGUUCGAGACGCUGGCGGAGGACGCGGCCUUCGUGCUGGACCUGGUGGGCGCGCCCGGCCUGCGCUUCCCUGCGCCCCCGCCCCGGGCCAAGGCGGCCGCCGCCCGCGACCUGGCCGAGCGCCUCUUCCGGGACAUCAGCCCCUUCUACCAGCGGCGCCUCUUCGACCUCUACAGGAUGGACUUCCUGCUCUUCAACUACUCUGCCCCUUCCUACCUGCGGCUGCACUAGGCGGCGGGGCCUGUCACAUCGGCCGGACGGUGUGCAUUUCUGGUGCCCCCCCCCUCCAGGCCCCCC